AUGGUUUCUUUGGAGUCUAUUCGCACAUCGAAUCUUGAGGCUAGCAAUUUGGAGAAUUUGGUAGCUGUGUUUGUCGGAGGUACGCAUGGUGUCGCCGAGAGUACGAUCAGGGAGUUGUUUAUGCGAACAACAACACCGCGAGCAUACAUAAUCGGCAGGAGUCAGGAGAAAGCAGAGAACCUUUGUAAGGAGCUCGAAGACCUCAACCCUGGAUCAAAAGCCAUCUUUAUCAACAAAGACAUCAGCGUGUUGAAGAAUGUCGAUGAUGUCUGUCUGGAACUGCAACACAGAGAGAAGAAGAUCAAUAUCUUGUUUCUUUCUGCUGGUUACAUGUCCUUGAGUGGUCGAAAUGAAACACCAGAGGGAUUGGAUCAUAAAAUGGCCGUGAACUAUUACUCCAGAAUACGCUUCAUCAUGAAUCUCAUGCCCGAACUUACAGAAGCUGGAAAAAACCACGAGCUAUCACGCGUCUUGACUGUCCUCGCAGCAGGAUCAGAAGCCGACAUCGACAUGGACGACAUGGACCUCCGAAAGAAUUACACGCUGCAUGCAUGCCUCUCCCACUGCGUGAUGAUGACAGAUUUCAUGAUGGAAGAAUUCGCAAAGAGACACCCACAAACGUCCUUCAGUCAUUCCUAUCCUGGUACUGUCAAGUCUGGAAUCACAAACCAACUCACUGGACCCAUCAGACUCGGUGUUAAGGUGCUCUACUCAGUCAUGACACCUUGGAUCUUGAACUUCAGAGAAAGUGGCGAAAGACACAUGUUCCAAAUCACCAGCUCAAUGUACAAAGCCAAAGAUGGAGCUGCUGGAAUCCCACUCAACGGUGGCUUGGACAUUGCAGUUGGUAUGGAUGGACAAAAGGGGUCAGGAGCAUAUUUGUUGGAUUGGGACGGUAGGCCAGCAGGCGACAUGGGGAUCCUUGCAAGGUAUCGUGAGAAGAAUGCGGGACCAAAGAUAUGGGAGCACACCAUGACAGCUAUCAAAAAGGCGACAUCGAAAAAGAGAUUGGCAGAUGACAAUGAGCAAGAGGAGCAGAAGCGUAGAGAACAGCACGCUGCUGCUGCUCCAAAUUUGGCUGGAUGGAGAGCUGGUUGA